CUGGAGCUGCGGCGCCGGCGGGUUGAGCCGGGCGAUCCUAGCCCGGCGAGGCGGGCAGGGCGGGGCGCGCACAGCGGGAGAGAGCCUGGCGCCCACCGCAGAGACUGUCGCCAGGUGCCUAGGUUCCCAACAAGGUUCUAUAGAAUAUCCGCUGACUGAAGUGAUGGAGAGUGGCCCAGCUGUCUGCUGCCAAGACCCUCGAGCAGAGCUGGUAGAUCGGGUGGCAGCCAUCAAUGUGGCCCACUUGGAAGAGCCAGAUGAGGGUCCAGAGCCUGCCAGGAAUGGUGUGGACCCUCCACCCCGGGCCAGAGCUGCCUCUGUGAUCCCUGGCAGUGCUUCAAGAUCCACUCCAGGACGUCCCAGCCUCUCAGCGAGAAAGUUCUCCCUGCAGGAGCGACCAGCUGGAAGCUGUCUGGAGGCUCAGGCUGGGCCUUACUCUACAGGACCUGCCAGUCACAUCUCCCCUCGGGCCUGGCGGAGACCCACCAUCGAGUCCCACCGUGUGGCCAUCUCCGACUCAGAGGACUGUGUGCAACUGAACCAGUACAAGCUGCAGAGUGAGAUUGGCAAGGGUGCCUAUGGUGUGGUGAGGCUGGCCUACAACGAAAGUGAAGACAGACACUAUGCUAUGAAAGUCCUCUCCAAAAAGAAGUUAUUGAAGCAAUAUGGCUUUCCUCGUCGUCCUCCCCCGAGAGGGUCCCAAGCUGCCCAGGGAGGGCCAGCCAAACAGCUGCUGCCCCUGGAGCGUGUGUACCAGGAGAUUGCCAUUCUCAAGAAGCUGGACCACGUGAAUGUAGUCAAGUUGAUUGAGGUCUUGGAUGAUCCAGCUGAAGACAAUCUCUAUUUGGUGUUCGACCUCCUGAGAAAGGGGCCAGUCAUGGAAGUGCCCUGCGACAAGCCCUUCCCAGAGGAACAAGCUCGCCUCUACCUUCGGGAUAUCAUCCUGGGCCUCGAGUACUUGCACUGCCAGAAGAUUGUCCACAGGGACAUCAAGCCAUCUAAUCUACUCCUUGGGGACGAUGGACAUGUGAAGAUCGCUGACUUUGGUGUCAGCAACCAGUUUGAGGGGAAUGAUGCUCAGCUGUCUAGUACGGCAGGGACCCCGGCGUUCAUGGCCCCAGAGGCCAUUUCUGAUUCUGGCCAGAGCUUCAGUGGGAAGGCCUUGGAUGUCUGGGCCACUGGGGUCACGCUAUAUUGCUUUGUCUAUGGGAAGUGCCCGUUCAUUGAUGAGUACAUCCUGGCCCUGCACCGGAAGAUCAAGAAUGAGGCCGUUGUGUUCCCUGAAGGGCCAGAGGUCAGCGAGGAACUCAAAGACCUGAUCCUGAAGAUGCUAGACAAGAAUCCUGAAACAAGAAUUGGGGUGUCAGAUAUCAAGUUACACCCUUGGGUGACCAAGCAUGGAGAGGAACCCCUCCCUUCAGAGGAGGAACACUGCAGUGUGGUGGAGGUGACUGAGGAAGAGGUGAAGAACUCAGUCAGGCUCAUCCCCAGCUGGACCACUGUGAUCUUGGUCAAGUCUAUGCUGAGAAAGCGUUCCUUUGGAAACCCAUUCGAGCCCCAAGCACGCAGGGAAGAAAGAUCCAUGUCUGCGCCAGGAAACUUACUGAUGAAAGAAGGCUGUGGAGAAGGGGGCAAAAGCCCAGAGCUUCCCGGAGUCCAGGAAGAUGAGGCUGCAUCCUGAGUCCCUGCAUGUGCCCAGGGCCAUCGGCAGCAUGCUCAUUCCGCACCUCCAGAGGCCCACCGCCCUCAUGCAAUAGUCGCCCCUGCAGGCAGGGGGCUGGGGACUGCGGCCCCUCUCCUGGCCCCCCUCACCCAUUGUGCUGCAUGACCUGCGCACAGGCACAUCCAGGGACAGGAUUGGAAUGUGUGUCAUUUGGGGCUUGGUGGGGGGGUCCCGAUUGGUUCUCUCUGUUCUGAUCCAUCUUGUGGGGGAAUAUUAGAAACCCUACCUAACUGGCUGGUGAGGCCCAGGGCAGAAGGCAAGAGACCAGAAUGGCAGGUGGUGACCUGGUGGGCUCCUCAGAGAACUCCCAUAGGGAUUGGUGGCAUGCCUAGCUGCUGCACACAAGCAGGGGUGAUCGCCUCACCUCUGUGUGGAAGGUGCCGAGUGCUGGUGUACUCAGAUCUCCAGUGUGGAUGUUACCGAUAAUGACACCUGCCUGGGAGCAGACUGAUCUUGGAGAAUCCGGAUUCUUCUUUCAUUGUCUUUUACCUGAGGGCUAGGGUGGGAGCAGUUGUGGCGGGGAGCAUUUUCCUCCAGCUUCGGGUAGUCCCUUGCACACUGGCAGUCAUCUGGACUUGGCAUUCAUGGACUGUGUUUUACGCUCUGCACUCGCCGGAGAAAGGGCUAAAGUGAAUCCAGCUUGGAGCAUAGCCCUGAGCCCAGAGCAGUGUACUUUGCCUGCCAAACCCCCUUCCAGUCUUAUGGAUCUCCAGAAUGAAGGUUGCAGAACACCAGGAGUGACAAGGAGGGCCACGAUUCUCAGAACUGUAGCCCUGCAGAUGUGGAAAUGACUGGGAUCCAGGCUCUGAGCCGAUGCUGGCUUACUCACCACAGGCCUAUGAUGAAGGAUGAACUGCCCAGGUGGGAGGCUCAGCCAGAUGAAGGACCAUACAAGAUGCACUCCUUGUCAGGCAGGUGGCCUUCCUGCCAGUUGCUUCAGUACAGGACAUCAGACAGUCAGUCCACACAGAUCAGAGCUGCACAAUUGGGACAGGCGUGGACACUGCCCUUCCAGAACAGAUGUCAGCUCUGUGGAUUCUGUGGUUGUCUGGCUAUUCUAAUGUUUACUCAUAAUGCUCAUAGGGAUUGGUCCCCCAAAGGGAGAUGAGCAGGACUCAGGUAGCCCUCUCUGAAAGCCUCCCAUAAGAGAUCCUGGCUGCCCACUUGGGUUUUGAAUGCAGGAGGACUGGACUAGAAAGAGAGAGGCUGGGUGGGAGCACUGGUUCCCACUGUAUCUCUGUGCCCAUGGGUGUACAUUGCUCCUUCAUGUGCACAUGCGUGUGUGUGCCCAUCUGCUGUAUACAGCACACUUGCAUGUCUCAUACUGGCACAUGCAUCUGUAAUAUAGUUUCUACAUCAACUUAUGCCUAGGAGCAGCAGGUAGCCCAUUGUCAAAGGGCUCCCAUUUCAACCCAACUCCUCUGCAGUAAGGCAGCCAGUGUAACCCAGGGCUUGACAACAAGUCAUCAAUUCCAUCUCUAAGAAUACUUUUAUAGAGUGAAUGGGAGGCAAGCUAAAUACCAACCAAUAAAUAGCAAGGGAUCAGGGAACUUCAUGGAUGGGACCUACCUGGGAGAAGCUUGCAGUUGGGUGGCUGGCCUCAUUGUCCCCAGCAGAGCCAGGAAGGCAUGCUCACUGUCACCUGUUGCUGAGAGCUUCAGUUGGCUUUGGUUUUGAAUGUAGCAGAAGUGAACAAACUCCAUAAGAGUGUUUAUAAAAAUUAACUUCUUAGGAAGUGAAUCACAAACAAUAAAAAGCCCUUUCUUGAGUUAAAAAAAAAAAAA